AUGUUCACGCUCUCGAUUUCGAUCGGAGAUAUUCAAGUGGAGCACGCAAUGUGCGAUUUAGGGGUGUCUAUCAAUGUUCUGCCUUAUUCUAUCUACAAGAAGCUGGGAGAGGCUAAGCUUGUCGAUACCGACAUCAUGAUACAGCUAGCCGACAGAUCUUGCAUUUACCCAGAAGGGAUUCUCGAAGAUGUAAUAGUGAAGGUGAACAAUUUCCUAUACCCAGCCGACUUCUUCGUGAUAAAAAUGUCAGAGCCAGCGGCGAAGGAGUCUAGUGGAGUCUUGUUGGGAAGACAGUUCCUGUCCAUGGCCAGCACUAUAAUCGACGUCCGUAAUGGGACGAUCAGUCUGGAUUUCAACAGAGAGCAAUUCACAUUCAACAUUGACGAAGCAAUGAAGAUGCCGACAGACAGUGAGAACGUGUACUCGGUGGACGUAACCGAGCAGUUGGUGCAGGAGUAUCUAGAGGAGGAGUUCCUACAAAGGCAGUUCACAAACUCUACCACGGACGAAGAAGUUGAGAAGAAGAUCACAGACUGGUACGAGGCCAUGAAAGUGGGCGAGAUGGAUGAUCAAGCCAUAGCGAAGGCAGUCAUGGAUUUCUGCGAGCGACCGCGGCCAGCUGGGUCAAGAGGGAUCGAUCAAGUCUCGAGCCACGAGAAGCUGCCUGAUCAAGGCACCCAAUUGAGAAGAGAAGCGGAAGAGAACCCUCUGCCUACUGCAGUACCCACACCCGCAAAGGAAUUGAAGCCGCUUCCUGCGCAUUUGAAGUACGCCUAUCUGGGGGAAAAUGAAACAUUGCCAGAUCAAUUGUUGAACCCAAUCAGUUGA